AUGCCUGUGACUACGACAUCUCGAACGCAAGCCGUCAACCGACCGCGCGCCGUUGAAUUCAACCUCGUUGACCCGCCUGAUAAGAUCACACCUGAAACAGACACGGGUAUCGACAUCAUUGCCAUUCAUGGUCUUGAUACAAAGUCGCCCGAGACCUGGGCAUACAAGACGCCAGAUGGGCAACAGGUCAACUGGCUGGUCGACGGAAAUAUGCUUUCCAGAGAGGUUCCAGGUACUCGCAUCUAUACAUGCAACUGGCCCGCUGCCAUGUUUGAAAUGAACGACUCGGUGCCUUUUGGAAUCGAAGAGCUUGCCGCAUCCCUCCUUCAUGGCCUUCUUGGCUUGGUCUCAAAUAGAGAUCGAAAACUUUUCUUCAUCGCCUCAUGUCUCGGAGGAGUCAUCCUAAUGCAGACUCUUGUUAUGGCAAAGGACAGUUACACGGCUAUUCAAGAAGCCACGCGUGGAAUCAUCUUCCUCGCAACGCCAUUCCGAGGCACUUCAUUUGAAGACAUAGCAGUUUGGGCACAGCCAGGUCUAAGCGCUUUGGCAUCCAUCCGAAACCAACGAUUAACUGGGCUGCUUGAUUGGGUCAAGGCACCGGAGUCUAAACUUGUGCAUCUUGUAUGCGAGUUCUCACGACUUUGCGUCAAGCACCGUGAGGAGGACUUUAAAGUGGCUACUUUCUAUGAAAAACGGUACACACUCCUCACAGCCAAGGUUCCAUUCCUUUCGCGGUUGUUGCCUUAUGAAAGGAAACUGCUCGUCAACAUGGAUUCUGCAACACUGGACUGCGUCCCAAUCCGACUUGCUCUCGACCGGCCCCAUAUACUGAUGAAUAAAUUUUGCGCCGAGGAGGCAGACUACCGACAGGUUGUGGAGACUGUACGAGGCUUUCUCGAUGUGAUACGGACUGGGACACUUCUUGAACAAGCCGACGCUUGGAUACGUGAAAGAUGCUACACCGAAGACAGGCUCAAAGUUGAGCGGCUCUCGGGAGACCCUGUCGACAAGCAUCAAUCCUACAUCAACCUCGCCAUUGUGAAGCAGCCUGAGAGGGGUGUUUCUGGUCCAGACCGCCUGGAUGAGAAAGGUUCGUUGUCGCCCUUCACGCUUCUCGGGCGACAAAAGCUCGAGGUGGCAGCACGCCAAGACGAGAUUAGCUUGACAAAGAUUUUCGACCAGCGCAAAAACUCUGAUGGUACCCACAUCUUGCCUCGAAGGAUUCUGAUCCGUGGACGUGCCGGCAUCGGUAAGACCACUUUGUGCAGGAAGAUGAUCCAUGAUUUCAUGAGAAAUGGUAUGUGGAACAGCUUGUUCGACCGUGCGCUCUGGAUUCCUCUUCGAAAUUUGAAACAGCGGCCAAGUGCGGGAUAUAAUCUCAGUAAGCUCUUCGACCAUGAGUUUUUCCAUUCUUCGAACGAGUAUGGGGUUGGUGGUAUCAAGCUCUUCUCCCGAGAAUUACACAAGGCACUGAAGCACAAUCGAACACUUUUCAUCCUCGACGGUUGGGAUGAAGUCGUUAAUCUGAGUCGGUCUGGUGAUAUGUCCGUCUUUCUCUUAGACCUAGUCAAGCAGCCCAACGUGAUUAUCAUGUCGCGGCCAUCUGCGAGUCUUCCGCAUGGCGUCAAAGUUGACCUUGAGCUAGAGACUAUCGGAUUCAAACCGGAGCAGAUGGACGACUACAUAGAGAAGGUUCACAAGAAGAAUGUGCAUGAGCUCAAGGGAUUUCCCGAGAGCCAUGAGCUAGUUCGAGGCCUUGUUCGGAUACCGAUACAGCUGGAUGCUUUCUGCUACUGCUGGGACGACAUCAAGUCUGACAGAACUGAGAAUCCAGACACAAUGACGACACUCUAUCAAGCUAUCCAGACGAGCUUGUGGAAGAAGGAUGCUGAGAGACUUGCAAAAGUCGAGACCCAAUCUUUACGUACCGCCGGCCAAAGGCAGAUCGAAAAGGAGGUUAAAGAACAGUUGCAGUUCUUGGAGUACCUAGGCUUUUCUGGCCUGGCAACCGAUCGGAUAGAGUUCAGCCAAAGUGACAGAAACAUUGCUAAUGACCAUUCCAACCUCCUUCUGAACCUAGACGAUAGCCUGCCCUGCCUCUCGUUUCUGCGGACCUCAGACCCAUCAGCCCGGCCAAACUAUCAACUCUACUACUUCAUACACUUGACCUUUCAGGAGUACUUUGCAGCACGAUAUUUCGUGAGACAUUGGAAAGAGCGAAUUAUGAAGUAUACAGUGUUUGGUGAGAAGAAAAUCAGCACGACUUGCCCUCUAAAAUUUCUGCAAUCUCACAAGUACGAUGGGCGAUACAACAUUAUGUGGCACUUCGUGGCUGGCCUAUUACAUGAACAAGGUCAGGGGUUUGAACUACUCGAGGCGAUUGAAGAAGAACCGUUGGAUCUUUUAGGACCCUCUCAUCAACGAUUGAUUAUGCACUGCUUAAGCGAAAUCCCACGUUCUGAAACCGAACCUCAGCCCUACCGAGCCCGUCUCGAGAAAACCUUAUCGGAUUGGCUUCUGUUUGAAUGUGAUCUCAAAGAAAGUACUAGCCUGGCCAUUGAAGCCGAGUUUCCCGAUAGUUCACUGCAAAUUGCACUUCAACAAGGACAAGUAAAAGCCAAAUGCAUUAUCCUCCGAUCGGUCAGGAAACGGGUCUUGUCCCAGGAACUGUUAGGAAUUAUAAUAUCGUUCAUUGGACAAGACGAUUCGGAAUUGACUUAUAGCGCCAUAGCAGCCUUGGAACAAGUGUCUACAUUACGAGAAACACAUGUUCAUAUCCUUCUUGGACUUCUGCGCGGCAAUGAAUACCACCAUAACCGGAUCAUGGACAUACUGAUAAAUCAGUCUAUUUUGUCUGAUGAGCAUAUCGAUGCUCUUGUUGAAAGCUUCGCGAAACGCAUGAUUUCAAUCCGGCGUGGAGGCCGGGUCGGUGGUGUCUUCUAUGGUCUGUCAACAAUGCGCAAGCCGUUUGCUAAGGCUUUCGUCAAGUGGCUAAUGAGCACUGAGACCCAAGAUCACAGGAUCAAGGACCGUUACCUCCAUCAAGUCUUACCUGAAGUUGUCAUCGAAGUUAUUACUGAGCAGCUUGACGAUCAAGAUCCCAACAUACAAAUGGCCGUGCUAAAAGCUCUCCGGUAUUAUGAUGCUCAAUUACCCGCAGCCAAUAUCGAGGCCAUCACCAAGAAGCUCGAAAAAGAGACAGAUCCUGAUUUACGAAAGGCUGCGCUAGAAUCACUGAGGAAUCAGUCAUCGUUAACUCUAACAAAUAUGAGGGUUAUUUUAAAGCAGCUUCAAGAUCCAAAUUAUGAUAUACAAGAAGCUGCAUUGGUGCUCUUGGCAACACAGUCAGCAUUAUGCCAAUCAGCGAUUGAUGCUAUUAUCAAGCACCUCAAGAGGCUAGAGCCUGGUGCUCAAGAUGCUAUAUUGGAAUCGCUACGAUAUCAGUCAAUAUCUUGCACUGAACUUCUUCUAGCUAUCACAGAACAUCUUGACGAUUCACAGCCCAACAUACAAGCUGCCGUGAUAAAGGUCCUCGAGGGUCAAUCAAAUUUACCUCAAGCAACGAUUGAGGCUAUAACAGCACAACUUGAGAUUCCAGAACCCGAAGUGCAAAAGGCCGCGCUAGAAGCCCUCUGGUAUCAGCCAGAUUUGCCUCAAGUAACGAUUGAGGCUAUAACAGCACGACUUGAGAUCCCAGAACCAGAAGUGCAAAAGGCCGCGCUGGAAGCCCUCGAGCAUCGAUCAAACUUGCCUCAAGCAACGAUUGAGGCUAUAACAGCGCGACUUGGGAUCCCAGAACCCAAAGUGCAAAAGGCCGCGCUAGAAGCCCUCUGGUGUCAGCCAGAUUUGCCUCAAGCAACGAUUGAGGCUAUCACAGCACAACUUGAGAUCCCAGAACCCAAAGUGCAAAAGGCCGCGCUAGUAGCCCUCAAACUUCAAUCAAACUUGCCUCGAGCAACAUUUGAGGCUAUGACAGCGCGACUCAAGGACCCCGAUCGUGAGGUACAAAAGGCCGCACUGGAAGCCCUGCCAGAGCAAUCGGAGUUGCCCCAGGCAACAGUUGAUAUCGUUGUUGAUUUACUAUCUGAGAAUGUCUGGCAUGUGCAGACGACGGCUCUAAAUGUCUUGCAGAAUCAAGAAGCGCUACCAAAAGCAAUAGUUGAUGAGAUCACCAGGUAUCUUCAUGACCCACAUGACUAUGUACGGCGAGAGGCCGUGAAAGCCUUGGGCGCUCACUCACCACUCCCUAAGUCAGUUCUUGACACUAUUUCUGAUCUACUCAAGGAUAAGGAUAUUCUUGUCCGACAGGCGGCUGAAGGUGUCUUAGAGCAGCCAGUCUUGCCUAAGGUCCUCAUUGAUGCUAUUAUACGACGGAUUGAAGAUACAGCGGAGAGCAGCCAUCAGGCUAUCACGAGCGUUUUAGAGGGCAAAACAGAUCUACCUCAAAUGACGGUUCAGAUUCUUGAUCAACGGCUUAAAGACGCAUCAACAGACUUCUCAGAGGCUUCUCUCAUUGCCCUCAUGAGUCAGAAGACAUUACCUGAAUCUGUAAUCAACUCCAUCGCCAGAGAGGUUAACUAUCUAGAUCCACGCAUACGAAGGGGAAUAUUAGAGGCCAUUAAAGUCCAGCGAGACCUACCCCAAGGCAUUAUUGAGGCUGUUGUAAUACAGCUUGGAGCUGCAGAAUCUGCUGUACGAAAUGCCGCGCUAGACGUGUUGAAAAUGCAGUCUGAAAUACUUCCAGCAGCUGCGGAGGCUAUUACUGAGCUGCUCAAGAACCCUGACACUGAGAUGCAAAAGGCAGCGUUAGAGGCCUUCAAGCAUCGGAGCCGGUCAGCACUGCCAGCAGAAACGAUCGAGAUUGUUACUGAGCUGCUGGAGAAUCCCGAUAAGGGCAUAUGUGCCUCUGCACUUGAGGUCUUGGCAAAUCAGUUCGUGUUGUCUCAAGAAGCCGUUGCUGCCAUUAUCCAUCGGCUUGAGAAAACUGAAGGCUAUGAUCAAGAGAGGCUAUAUAGGGUUUUGAAGCAACAGCCAGCGUUUGUGAAAGCAGCUACAGGCAUGUUUGCUGACCCUACGUAUACUGAUGAGGGUACUGCUACUGGUCUUGGGGCUACCGCGCAUCCGACGGAUCGAACUCUGAAAUGCGUGUGUGAGAUCAUGAUUCAUCAAGGCUUUGAAGAGUCACUGAGUCUUCAUAUUCGUGACAAUACGGUCUGGGUCGAUGACAGAAGUGGUCAGAGGAGCUUUAAUCUCGGUGCGAACGUUGAUCGUUUCAGAAGCUCUAUUGCAACUUUUCGGCCAGAUGGUUAUCCCUUAUAG